CUCUUCUACAUUCCAAUCACACUUUUCUCUCUCAUCUUUAUCCCUUCACCUCCUAAAACCUACGUUUUGCUCUGUUUUACUCUGUUACAUCUUCGUUUCCCACAUAGCACUACGCAUUCAAGCCAAUGGCUGUUUCUGGUUUUGAAGGGUUUGAGAAGCGCUUGGAGCUCCAUUUCUUUGGAGAUGAUCCAGUUUUUCACCAACUGGGUCUUAGGAAACUUGAAUUUGAAUCACUCCAACAAGUCCUUGAAGCUGUUCAAUGCACUGUAGUUUCAGCGGUCGGCAACUCCUACUUCGAUGCUUAUGUGUUAUCAGAAUCGAGCCUCUUUGUCUACCCAACCAAGAUCAUCAUCAAGACUUGUGGGACCACUCAACUGCUCAAAUCCAUCCGUCCCUUGAUCUACUAUGCUCAGCAUCACUUAGGCCUCACCCUCUGCUCUUGCCGCUACACCAGAGGCAGCUUCAUCUUCCCAAAGUCUCAGCCUUUCCCUCAUACUAGCUUCAAAGAUGAAGUUAUGUAUUUGGAAGAGACCAUCCCCGCAAAUCUCUGCUACAGAAAAGCUUCAAUCAUGCCUUCCAAAUCUUCUUCUCAUUGUUGGCAUGUUUUCACAGCUAGUGAUGAUUCUGACCUACCUUACCUCCGUGACAAUGAAUCGUCAUCGUCAUACACCAUGGAGAUCUGUAUGACAGAGCUCGAUCCAGUCCUCGCUCGCAAGUUCUUCCGGCCGCCUGAGGAUGGGAAAACGGGGGACUCUGCUGGGAAGGACAUGACGGAGCUCACAGGCAUCAAUGAGAUCAACCCUGAAGCACUUAUCUGUGACUUUGCAUUUGAUCCUUGUGGGUAUUCUAUGAAUGGCAUGGAUGGGGAUCGGUACUCCACCAUUCAUGUCACUCCAGAGGAUGGUUACAGUUAUGCAAGCUUUGAAUGUGUAGGCUCCGUGAACGAUGAUAUAGUGCAUGUACUAAGGAAGGUGGCUCAUAUUUUCCGACCAGGUACUAUGUCUGUGUCCACCACGUGCAGUGACUAUGAAAACGAGAUAUGGACGCGUGUGGCAAGUGCCGUUGAGCCUCUGGGUUUGAAAUGCCGGAGUUGUGCAAUGGACCAGUUUCCUGCAGCUGGCAGUGUUGUGUUUCAAACGUUUACAUCUCGCCGGAGAAGCACUUAA